AUGCGCCCUUCCGCGCUGUUACGCGGCGCUCUGCUGGCAGGCACCGCCAGCGCCAUCACCCUCGACCUCAACUCCGACGACUCGAUCAAGUCCGCAGCACGCACAGCCGCCGAUGGCAUGUUGAGCUUCUAUCAUGGAAACGAGACGGGCGGGAUCCCAGGUCUGCUGGGAGACCCAUACUACUGGUGGGAGGCGGGCGCCAUGUUUGGUGCUUUGAUUGAUUACUGGUAUUACACGGGAGAUUCCACAUACAACGACAUCACGAGCCAGGCGCUGCUCUUCCAGGUCGGCCCAGACAACAACUACAUGCCUCCCAACCAGUCCAAGUCGCUCGGAAACGAUGACCAGGCCUUCUGGGGCCUGGCGUCGAUGUCUGCAGCUGAGGCCAAGUUUCCCGACCCUCCAGAGGACUCGCCGCAGUGGUUGGCCCUCGCACAGGCCGUCUUCAACUCGCAGGCACUGCGCUGGGACGAUACCUCCUGCGGCGGUGGCCUCAAGUGGCAGAUCUUCACCUUCAACAACGGCUACAACUACAAGAACUCCAUCUCGAACGGUGCCUUCUUCCAGCUAGGCGCACGAUUGGGCGCGUACACGAACAACCAAACGUACUUUGACUGGGCCGACAAGAUGUGGGAUUGGGUAUACACGGUCGGUCUGAUGAGCGACACAUACCAGAUCUUCGACGGAUCGGACGAUACUCUAAACUGCAGCGAGUUCAAUCACAUCCAGUGGAGCUACAACGCCGGUAUCUUUUUGUACGGCGCCGCAAUCAUGUGGAACAACACCCAAGACGACGCCGCUACCAAAGGCAAAUGGGAGCAACGCACCAACGCCCUGCUCAACUCUACCACGCGCAUCUUCUUCCAAAACGAAAUCAUGUACGAGGUAGCCUGCGAACCCUCUGGAAACUGUAACGUAGACCAGCAGUCGUUCAAAGCCUACCUCUCGCGCUGGAUGGCGGCCACCACCAAAGUCGCGCCCUGGACCCACGACACCAUCAUGCCCUUGAUCCAGAAAUCCGCCCAAGCAGCCGCCACUUCCUGCACCGGCGGCAGCACCGGCAACAUGUGCGGCACCAAGUGGACGACGGGCAACUGGGACGGCGCGACGGGUGUGGGCCAGCAGAUGAACGCCCUGGAGGUCUUCCAGAGCAAUCUGAUCGACAAGGUCGGUGGGCCCGUGGGUAACAAGACGGGCGGCACGUCCCAGGGCAAUCCUUCUGCCGGCACUGGAGGGGAUAUCAAUCCGCAGGUGCCGCAGAGUACCAUCACUACGGGCGAUCGAGCGGGUGCGGGUAUUUUGACGGCGCUGGUGUUGAUUGGGUUGGUGGGUGGUGCGUGGUGGAUGAUCGUGUAA